GCUUUCAUGUACCCAAAGCUCCUUGCAGAUGAGUUCACACGGUUUGAGUUUCCAAGGAGAUUGAAAGGAGAUGAUGUAGGCCAGAAGGUCCUCUACAGAGAUUACUCAAUGGAAGGCUGGGGAUAUAAGACAGUAAUGAAAGAGGACCUCAAAUACCCUCUGAUUCAUGGACAUGGGAAACAGGCUCGUUUACUAGGCACCCUGGCUGUAUCUCGAGGCCUGGGAGAUCAUCAGUUAAAAGUAAUUGAAACAAAUAUUGAAAUCAAGCCUUUCCUCUCCUGCAUCCCUAAGGUGGAAGUGUUUGACUUAACGUCAGAAAAUGUUAAUGAAGAUGAUGUCCUCAUCAUGGCAACAGAUGGCCUUUGGGAUGUUUUGUCCAAUGAAGAUGUUGCCCAAAUUGUCAGAAAUUUUCUCCAGAACAACACAACAGAUCCUUACAGGUUUUCAGAAUUGGCCAAACUGCUUGUGCAGGAAGCAAGAGGGAAGGAGGAUGGCUAUUACUGGAUCAAGGACAGUAAAGAGCCUGCUUCUUAUGAUGACAUUUCUGUAUUUGCAAUUCCAUUGUAUAACAAGAAUGAAUACUAAACAAUAUGCUGCUAAAGGAGGCACAACUGCUCUUCAGAUGAUAAUGGAACUGUAUCAAAACAUACAGUUGCUGAGAAAUGCAAAUCCAGACUUUGAAAGCAGAAUAACAGAAUUGGAAGGGACCUCGGAGACUUCUAGUCCCGUGAAGGUGAACCUAUGGCAUGCUUGCCAGAAGUGGCACACAGCGCCCUCAGUGGGCAUGCAAGCUGUUGCCCCAGUUCAGCUCCACCACAUGUGCGUGCACUUCUCACCACCCAGCUGGUCUUCAGAUCUCUGCUGCACAUGCAUAAAGGGUGAGGGGGGGGGCAGGCACACAUGCAUGGGGGGUGCAUGCACGCCCCCCUGCGUAUUGUAUUUUGGGGGUGUGGGUGUAUGCUUUGGGCACUCGGUCCAGAAAAGGUUAGCCAUCACUGUUCUAGUCCAACCCCCAACUCAAGCAGGAAAUCCAG